AUGUUUGGGCCAUGUAAACCAAAUAUCAAAUUUCCUGAUAAUUUACCAACAUACUAUAAUAACUCUGAUCCCAAGAGACGUACAUUUUCUUCAGAAUAUUAUUUUGUUACAAAUCCUACUGGUAUUAAAAUACCAAGAUUAUGGCUAUGCUAUUCCGUUGCCCUGAAUAAAGCUUACUGUGAAACCUGUUGGCUGUUUGCAGAUAGGAAAAAUCCCAAGUUAAAGUUAAAUUGGAUUAACGGAAUAAAUGACUGGCAGCAUAUGUCUCAAAAAAUUCAAGUGCAUGAAUUAUCUACCCAACAUAUUGAAGCUAUUAAAUUACGAGUUCUUUGGGUAAAAAAUCAAACGAUUGAUAAGAAACUUGAAGAGCACAUUUCCGAUGAAGCUCGAUAUUGGAGGGAUAUUCUUACACGUUUAAUAAAGAUCAUUUUAUUUCUAACUUCUGGGAACACUGCUCUUCGUGGAAAUGAAGGAAAAACUGAAAAUUUAGGAGAUGAAGGUAAUUUUUUAAGAACUGUACGAUUACUAGCUGAUUUUGAUCCAGUGUUAAAUAAAUUAUUGUAUAAAGAAGAAACUCAAACCAAAUACUUAAGUUGGAAGAUUCAAAAUGAGUUGAUAGAUUUAUUAGCUACAAAUAUGAGAACAAUUAUAUGUGAUGAAGUCAGGUCUGCUCAAUGUUUUGCAAUUAUUAUGGACUCAACUCAAGAUGUUACAAAAAUUGAUCAAGUUAGUUUUAUAUUACGCCAUGUGGUUGUGAACCAUAUUGAUCGUACAUUUCAAUUAAAAGAGUCAUUUUUAGGAUUCUUUACAUUAGAUAAACAUGGAGCAGAAAACCAUGUUAAUUUAAUAAAAGAUGUCUUAAAUGUGUUCAAUUUGGAUUUGAAGAAGUGUAGAGGACAGGGCUAUGAUGGCGCUGCCGUCAUGAGUGGAAUUUAUUCGGGUGUCCAAAAACGAAUUUGCGAUAUAAUACCAAGUGCUUCUUAUGUUCACUGUACAGCACAUAAUUUAAAUUUAGUAUUGUGUGAUUUAUCCAAAACUACGCCUAAAAUGUCUCAGUUUUUCGAUACUAUUCAAGAUAUAUUUCUAUUCUUCAGUAAGUCAGCCCCUAGAUGGGCUUCAUUAGCUCUAGGAAAUGACACAGCCAAAAUAGUUUUGAAAAAAGUUUGUACUACUAGAUGGGAAGCUAAACACAAUGCUGUAUAUGCACUAAAAACUAGAUUUAUAGCUGUAUUAAAAUCAUUAACUAAUAUGUCACUAACCAGUAAUAAAUCUGAUGAAAAAUUAAUGGCCGCUGGGCUAAAAAAAAAAAUUGAAUCAUUUCAAUUUAUUUUGUUAUUAACAAUAUGGGAAAAUGUGUUGAGGAAUUUCCAACUUGUAUCUAAAAAAUUGCAAGGCACAGAUACUCAUCUCCAGGAUGCAUGUGAGUUUUUAAAACAGGCUACAGUUUCAAUGAUGAAUUUAAGAAACCAGUAUGAAGCAUUGGUUUCAUCUGCAACAGACCAAUGUAAUAAAUGGGGCAUUCCAAUCCAACCAACUAUCCAUCGCCGUGUUUAUUCUAAAAGAUUUUUUGGUGACGUAGAUGGUGAUAGGAGGCUUCCCAAGUAG